UCAUCAUGAGCGCUCCUCUGAGCAAGGAACUCCGUGAGAAGUACAACGUUCGCGCCAUCCCCAUCCGCAAGGACGACGAGGUCACCGUUGUGCGCGGCUCCAACAAGGGACGCGAGGGAAAGAUCACCACCGUCUACCGUCUCAAGUGGUGCGUUCACGUCGAGCGUGUUGUCCGUGAGAAGUCCAACGGCCAGAGCGUCCCUAUCCCCAUCCACCCCUCGAAGGUCGUUAUCACCAAGCUCAAGCUGGACAAGGACCGCGAACAGAUUCUGGAGCGCAUCGGAAAGGGCCGUGAGGCUGCUAAGGCUCGUGCUUAAGGGACUUGUUUUCUGUGUUUCUUGUUGCAAUAGGGGCGAUGGCGUGGGAGUACAUGAGAUACUCAAAAUGAGAAAAUAAACCUGCUAUGACCAGGCUUCCGUCUUCCAAGACAGGUGCACGCUAUGAAUGGAAAGAAAAAAAGUGCAAAAUUUCUUCUUCAUCUCAUCGUUCGGGUUUGGCUCUGAGCGACAACAGUUGGCGUUCCUGAUCUUUCCUCUCACCCGACCUGCAGCUGCAUUUUAGGUAACUCCUAUCGAGAAUACUACCGAAAUCUCAGAUCCACUUCACUUGUU